CUGAGUUCCCAACCGCCGAAGCAAAGGUCGAUAGAGACGCGCUCGCUCUCUCAAAGACACGCAUUCACACACGCUCGAACUGAGACUUUUUUAUCUGAACCGAAUCUCGAUAGUCAGUCCACUUGACUAUCGCUCCGAAAAUCGGGAGGAAGCAAAACUUAGUUGAUUUUGGGGAAGAGUAUUUUCGCCAUCGGUAAGAGGUUUAGCUCCGGCCUGAAAAAGCACUUUAUACCUUGUUUUGAUUGUGCUUGGUAAAUUUGAUGAACUUGUGUUGCUAGGGAUUUGCUCGGAUUUUUUAAACGAUAUUUUUAGGCGAAUGAAUUAUUGUUUGGUGAACUGAAUGCUGCACGGAUUAUUUUUGUAAUUUUUCUUUAAUGUUUGAUAGUUGUUUACUAGAAUUGAUUAUAUUUCAUUCAAUAUUUGAUUGCACAUAAGCUAUUUGUGAUAGGCGAAUGGCGAAUGUGAUGUGAUCUGGUGGAAUGGGGUUGUUUAUCAGGAUUUUAGGUUCUCGUUGACGGAGCUCGAUUUGCAUUAAUAUGCUGAGAAGCUUGGAUGAUCUGCUGCAAUGCGGUGGAAAGGGGUUUUAGUAUCGUUACUAUGUCUUGCCUCUUCGGGUGAAUCAACAGACUUGAUUUCUAGAUUUUCUUCUAUAGCUUUGGGUACUGAGACGUCUUCCCUGUACAAAUGGACGGUUGCCAGUGCGGGGAUAUUCGUGGCUGUGGCUCUUCUUCUGUCUACAUUUCUUAUCUUUGAGCAUUUAGCUGCGUACAAUAAGCCUGAGGAGCAAAAAUUUUUGGUUGGCCUGAUUCUGAUGGUUCCUGUUUAUGCAGUGGAAUCGUUCUUGUCGUUAUUGAAUGAAGAUGCUGCUUUUAACUGUGAAGUUAUCCGGGAUUGUUAUGAAGCUUUUGCCUUGUAUUGCUUUGAGAGAUAUCUCAUAGCCUGCUUAGGUGGGGAGGAAAGUACCAUUGAAUUUAUGGAAAACCAGAACUGGAUCACUUCUAGUCUACCUAUUAUAGAUGAAACUUAUGCUUAUGGUGUUGUCGAGCACCCUUUUCCAUUGAAUUGUUGUCUGAGGGAUUGGAAACUAGGCUCCGAGUUCUAUCAAGGCGUGAAAAUUGGCAUCGUCCAAUAUAUGCUACUGAAGCUGAUAUGUGCCUUACUAGCAAUGCUCUUUCAGUCUUUGGGUGUAUAUGGAGAUGGAAAGUUUGAAUGGGGUUAUGCUUAUCCAUAUUUGGCAGUUGUUCUCAACUUCAGCCAGACUUGGGCCUUGUAUUGCCUUGUGCAAUUCUAUUCUGUUACCAAGAAUAAGUUGGCACCUAUUAAACCUUUGGCUAAGUUUCUGACAUUUAAGUCAAUUGUGUUCUUGACAUGGUGGCAAGGUGUUGCCGUAGCUUUUCUUUUCUCUUUUGGAGCUCUGCAAGGGUCACUAGCACUGGUUCUGAAGAUGGGCAUUGCUGCUGUGGUACAUCUGUAUGUGUUUCCUGCUGUACCUUACAAACGUGGAGAGAGAUGUGUAAAAAAUGUAGCUGUGCUGACAGAUUAUGCAUCAUUAGGAACUCCACCAGAUCCAGAGGAGGUUCGAGAUAGUGAACGAUCAACUCGAGUUCGCUUUUCUCGGCAAGAAGACAGAGUGCAAACUCCAAAGCUCCAUCAGAGUGUUCGUGAUGUGGUCAUUGGUAGUGGUGAAAUUAUUGUCGAUGACAUGAAGUUCACAGUAUCACACGUUGUAGAACCGGUUGAAAGAGGACUUGCAAAGAUCAACAAAACUUUUCAUAAGAUAUCCGAAAAUGUGAAACGGUAUGAUGAGGAGCGUAAGAAGUCGAAAGAUGAUACCCAUCUCGUCCCUCUGAUCUCAGGAAAAGAAUUCUCGGACGUGCAUGACAACCUUCCUGAAGGCAGUUUGAGUGACAGCGGUGUUUCGGAUGGGAAGAGGCCUCGGUACAAAUUUAGAAGUUCGUCUUGGUUGAAACACAGAUAACAUAUUUUUAUCACAGGUGACUAUCUCUAACUGCACUUGCACAUUAUGAAUUUACCCUCUUGACGACUUUCUUUAGUUCAAGUGGGCAGUUUGAGUAUCUACUUCUUAGGUUAGGCGUGACGAUGCAGGAAAAUACAUCUUGUAAAUCUGAGUAACCUUUUAGGUUUCUAACCGCGACGAGACAUUGUUUUUAUGGUGUCCGGUCGCAUUGUUUCGUAGGAAUACAAACUGGCACUUUGCAGAGUUGAACUUUCCUUUACUGGAAUAGUUUGUAAUUCAUCAAUUGAAGGAUAUUCAUGUAACAAACAUCAUAUGUAAUAUCUGAUGCAGUUCUAUGAUCAGUUCUGCAAAUGUUUGGUCCUCAAUCAAAUGUGUUUCUUGAUCUUGUA